AUGGCUGUACUCCCGCGGGAGGUGUGGGUGGAGGUAGAAAGAGAGAGGGGCUGGAGUUGGGGUGAUGGUGGCCUUCGAGGCCAGGCCGCAGAGCCCGCGCCGCUUCCCCUAAUCAGCCUUCUGACUCGCGUCUCUCUCUCAUUGUUUCAGGCGCGAGCCGAGGAGAUCGAGCGCGCCACGCUGGACGCCCUGGACGCGGGCUACCGCCACUUCGACACGGCCUUCAACUACGGCAACGAGCAGGACAUCGGGCGCGCCCUCCGCAGGUGGCUGGACGACGGCCGAGGCAAGCGAGAGGACCUCUUUGUCGUCACAAAACUUCCCAUGUUCGCCAACAAGGCCGAGCUAGUUGAGCCGUACUUGAGGAAGUCAUUGGAGCGGUUGCAGCUCCAGUACUUGGACCUGUAUCUGAUCCACGGACCAUUCGGGAUGCAAGCCGACAGCACUGGGGAGUCGCUGGGCCUGUCCGAGGACGGUUGCCCUACCCUGGACCUAACCACGGACCACCUGGCUAUUUGGAAGGAAAUGGAGCGGAUGGUCGACUUGGGGCUGGUGCGGUCCCUGGGCGUGUCCAACUUCAACCUCCAGCAGGUGCGGCGGCUGGUGAAGGCGGCCCGCGUCCCCGUCUCCGUCAACCAGGUCGAGCUGCACGCCUCGAUGCAGCAGCGCGACCUGGUGGACUCGAUCCGAGAGCUCGGCGUCGCGGUCACGGCCUACUCGCCGCUGGGUUCGCCGGGGGCGCAGUCCCACUUCAUCAGCAAGUACAACUACAGUGCCGACAACUUCCCCGACCUGCUGGGCCAUCCCCUCGUGCGCGAGCUGAGCCUGCGCUAUCAGAAGACCCCCGGACAGGUGUUGCUGCGCUUCCUCCUGCAGCUCAAGGUGGCCGCCAUACCAAAGAGCGCCAACCCAACGCGGAUACGGGAGAACAUUAACGUUUUUGACUUUGAACUCACACCUGAGGAGGUAGAGUCAAUGAGAGCACUGGAUAGAGGAGAGAAGGGACGAAUAUUUAACUUUUUCUUCUGGAAAGGGAUAAAUAAGCACCCAGAGUAUCCAUUCCCUUUACCAGAAGAGAUUACAAACUAAUGUGUGUAUGUUCAAUUCUGUAAAUUAUUUUUUUAUGUUCAUUUGCUCACCUCUAUUCUCAAAAGAGAACAUUAUUGUUGGCUGUGUAAACUGUUUGUUUAAGAUAAAGCUCCAAUAUUCAUGCACUAUGACAGCAAAGAACAGACAACUAGAGUAAAAGAAUUCAAAUUUAAUAAUUUACAAAUGGAAGUUGAUAUGCGACUACAUAACACCACAUAUUAAAGUACAAACACCAUUAAUAUUGACAGGCACGAUUGGGACACAUAUGACAAAAACAGACUUAAAUUAAAAGGCACAAGGCAAAAUUUGGAGUUUUGGAAAAUGAUUUUCAAACCUGAUUGACAUCAAUUCAAUCUAUAAAGCAUUUUCCUCUGCAUUCUGUGCUGAAGUUCUCCGCGGCGAAUCAUUGUGUGAAUAACUUUCAUGAUAGCCCUUUCUGGGUAUUUCUGAAAUAGUGUACAUGAAAAUAAAUAUCUUUUUUGUAA